CUUGGUUUCAUCUCUCUUACUGUUGAGCUAUUCGACUCUCUUUUUCCUCUUCUGCUACCAUUGCGUUUCAAUGGAGAUCCCUUCCUCGGAGGCAGGUGGAAGGCUGAUUGUGGAUUGCUGAGCACGGGGCCUGAUUAAGGUGUCAUGUGGAGUAGCCGCCUGCCAGGAGGUGACAGGAAAUCACACAAUCUUCAGCAUUUAGCUCUCAAAACACGGAUGCUCAUCACGGGAGUCUGAGGGGGGGGGGUGAAAACCCCAGCAACUAAGUAAUCAAUGGUGUCUUAAGUGGAGGGGGUCUGAUGUUAUUUUGUUCCCUCUACCGCCCCCCCGCCAAUCAAAGGUGGAGCUGAUUGUGAGGAUUGUGAAAUGGCUUGACUCACAUACAGCACAUGAGAAACAGCUUUGGCACAACUGUGUUUUAAAGGACAUUUUUCUAGGAGGUAAUGUCAUUUUCACACUGUCAGCAGCUGUAUGGAUGUAUGUAAUGUGUGUAUAUGUAUUUAACAAUCACCUUUAGUCCUUAUUGUUUAGUUUCAAUUAUCUACACCCUGGAUGUUAAAUUGCUGCUGUUGACCCUCACUAUGAGUAAUCAUUCCCACAUGUAUUAUCAGUAGUUUUAUGACUGGGCGAGCAUAUUGACCCAACCAAAAGCCAGCAGUGUUUUAACCGUAGCAGUAUGACUGAAGACACGAGCCUGCUGAGGAACUCUACAGGGUCAGAGGACCUGCUGGGGAACAGCAGUGACACUGGGCUGGGCAAUGUAGAGCAGAUCCUAGUCCCAAUAUUAGAUGCACUGAUUCUGGUCUUGGGGGUCGGGGGGCACACCAUGGUGAUGGUGAUCCUGUGUGGGAGGCGGAGGAGGGGGGUGGGACAAGCUGGACGUUCUCCUCACAGCUCCAUGACAGGCACAGGGACAGACAUCCUCCUGCUGGCUCUGAGUGCUGCGGACCUGCUUUUGCUCUCCAUGCUUCCCUUCCACACUGUUGCCAUAGCCAUGCAGCAAUGGCCGUUUGGGGACUUCAUGUGUCGUCUGGUGGGUUUCUUGGGAUCAGCCUGCUCCUCAGCCAGCGUCUUCACACUGGCCACACUGGCUGUGUCGCGCUAUCUGACUAUGGUGCACCCUUCCAGAGCUUACUGUCUCCUCUCCCAUCACCGAGUGUCUAUAGCUGCUGCACUCCUCUGGGUCCCAGCUUGCUGCCUGGCUGCCCCCCAGCUGGUUUUUCGCUCUGUUGGAACCCCCCGACAAGUCCCUGAUGGGUUUGCUUGCUUUGCUUUCCUGCCCCAGCGAGACCAGCUGAUCUAUGGAUUGUUUCACUUUCUCGUGGCCUUCCUGCUUCCACUGAUUACAAUCGCAGUGGCCUAUGGCAGAAUCUACGUGUUCCUGUGGGGGAGUCAGCGUGCCGGCAGGGCCCUCCAAGUAGAGCGCUACCAGCGCAAAGUGACCCAGACCUCAGCCAUGUUGGUGCUGGCUUUUACCCUGUGCUGGCUGCCGUCCUAUGGCCUGACACUGGCCUUACUGGCGGAUAAAAGCUCAGGGGCCACUGGCACCUCACCACGUUACGGCCCCUUCAGUGUGUUUGCACGCGUCAUGGCAACCUCCUCUACAGUGAUGAACCCGGCUCUCUACGUGCUCAUGUCCCAAAAGUUCAGACAAGACCUACUGAGGCUCUUCAAGAGAGGAGGGCAAAGAGCAAAUGGGGCUGUGGCUACGGCUGCCACCUGACAGUAUUACAAUCAGCAGCUCCUUUGAUAUAACUGAACACCUGACACCUCACAAACACUCCGCAAAUCCUGACUACUGGGACUUAUAAUAAAAAAAUUACAAGCUGAACUGCUAUGCUGAAAUACUCUACUAUAUGAAUAAAAUGACCAGUACCCUCACAAGGAAAGUCUACUCAGCAAGGCAAAACAACAGCACUCACAACAUCUUUCCCUCUUAAAAAUGUUCACCGUUAGCCUGGAUAUUGUACCAGAUCAAACUGCUCGCCUUGGGAGGUGCUGCUCUACAGGGACAGCGGGACAAACAAUGUUGAAUCAUGCAUUCCUUGUGAAACAGAUUAAAGUAAAGGCACUUUGGUAAAACAUUAACAGUGCACCUGUGUUUUGUUUUGCUGAGAUAAGGUGAUUGACUAUCUAUCUGUCUCUGGGCCAGUUUAUGUUUGCAUACACUGUGUUGUCAAAGAUCAGAUAAAAAAAAAGGUCUUUCUGUUUGUUUCUAGUUUGGCUACAUCUUCGGAAUAAAAGCUUCCUGGUUCUGUUUAUAUCCAGCUGUUUUCUUCUCCAAGACUAAUGACAUGGGGACUAUACUGGAGAUAAACUGGGAAGUAAGCCUGGUGGGGGUUGAUUGUUCAAGAAUAAGAGGAUGUAAAAAAAGGUUAUCACAAACUUAAGAUGUGGAAAUACUCACUCUCUACUACAGUCUUGCGGUCAGAUCCGUCAUCGCUGAUCUGCUGGAUGUUGCCAAAGUGGAUGUCACUGAAGAAGAUACGUCGAUGGAGACGCCAUUGGGCCAGCUGAUACUGACAUUGACCAGGACGGCCCUCUGAGAGCCAUCCAGACGGGAACGUUCGAUGC